GUCAUUUUAAGGAAUUCGUUGCCUUUUGGAAGAAUGCUGUGAAGCAGCUUGCCAACAAUAGCAACUGGAAAUAGAGGUUGAAUAACCCACUUAAGUGUGAUUAAUUUCUUAUUAAGUAGUACCUCACAUUAAAAUAAAAAUGUAUGGAAGUGCAAGAACAAUCAGUAACUUGGAAGGCAGUCCUGCCAGAUCCCCUCGCUUGCCAAGAUCUCCUCGGCUGGGCCAUAGGCGAACAAGUAGUGGAGGAGGUGGAGGGACAGGUAAGACGUUAUCAAUGGAGAAUAUCCAGUCACUUAAUGCCGCCUAUGCAACAUCCGGACCAAUGUACCUGAGUGACCAUGAAGGUGUGGCAUCCACUACUUACCCCAAGGGCACAAUGACUCUUGGAAGGGCUACAAAUCGAGCUGUGUACGGUGGUCGAGUGACAGCUAUGGGGAGCAGUCCUAAUAUUGCUUCCGCUGGCCUUUCCCACUCAGACCUCCUUUCUUACACCGAUCAGCAUGGGGGGCUGACCACUUCUGCACAUCACCACCACCACCAGAUCCCUUCUAUGUUGAGACAGGUAAGGGACAGCACCAUGCUAGAUCUACAAGCUCAGCUUAAGGAGUUACAGAGAGAGAAUGACUUGCUGAGGAAAGAACUGGACAUCAAAGAUAGCAAGCUUGGCUCUUCCAUGAAUAGCAUCAAGACCUUCUGGAGCCCCGAGCUCAAAAAGGAAAGAGUGCUGCGGAAAGAAGAAGCGGCCAGAAUGUCUGUUCUGAAAGAGCAGAUGAGGGUUUCUCAUGAGGAGAACCAGCACCUUCAGCUAACUAUUCAGGCACUCCAAGAUGAACUUCGGACCCAGAGAGACCUUAACCAUCUCCUUCAACAAGAAAGUGGAAACCGUGGUGCUGAGCAUUUCACCAUUGAGCUUACGGAGGAGAACUUUCGGAGGCUCCAAGCUGAACACGACAGGCAGGCCAAAGAGCUGUUUCUCUUGAGGAAAACCUUGGAAGAAAUGGAGCUGAGAAUUGAAACCCAGAAACAGACCCUGAAUGCCAGAGAUGAAUCCAUCAAAAAGCUUUUGGAAAUGUUGCAGAGCAAAGGGUUGCCGUCCAAAGGGAUGGACGAUGACAACGAACGGACACGAAGGAUGGCUGAGGCUGAAUCUCAGGUUAAUCAUUUAGAGGUGAUUUUAGACCAGAAAGAGAAGGAGAACAUCCAUCUUAGAGAGGAACUGCACAGAAGGACCCAGCUUCAGCCUGAGCCAGCAAAGACGAAAGCUCUUCAGACCGUCAUAGAAAUGAAGGACACAAAAAUAGCUUCACUAGAACGUAAUAUCAGAGACCUUGAAGAUGAAAUACAGAUGUUGAAGACUAAUGGAAUUCUGAACACAGAAGAUCGAGAAGAAGAAAUCAAACAAAUAGAAGUUUACAAGAGUCACUCAAAGUUCAUGAAAAACAAGAUUGACCAGUUGAAGCAGGAACUUUCAAAGAAAGAAUCAGAACUUCUUGCCUUACAAACUAAGCUUGAAACCCUUAGCAAUCAGAAUUCAGAUUGCAAGCAACACAUUGAAGUGCUUAAAGAGUCACUUACUGCCAAAGAACAGAGAGCUGCCAUACUUCAGACCGAGGUUGAUGCCUUGAGAUUACGUUUAGAAGAAAAAGAAAGUUUUCUUAAUAAAAAAACCAAACAACUGCAAGACCUCACAGAAGAAAAGGGAACCCUGGCUGGAGAAAUUCGAGAUAUGAAAGACAUGUUAGAAGUCAAAGAAAGAAAAAUCAAUGUUCUUCAAAAAAAGAUUGAAAAUCUUCAGGAACAACUUAGGGAUAAAGACAAACAGCUAACCAAUCUGAAAGACAGAGUGAAGUCGUUGCAGACCGAUUCCAGUAACACAGACACGGCUCUAGCAACGUUGGAAGAAGCUCUAUCAGAGAAGGAGAGAAUUAUAGAGCGAUUAAAGGAGCAGAGGGAAAGAGAUGACCGUGAAAGGAUUGAAGAAAUUGAAUCCUUUAAAAAAGAAAACAAAGACCUGAAGGAAAAAGUUAAUGCUUUGCAAGCAGAGCUAACAGAAAAAGAGUCUAGCUUAAUUGACCUCAAAGAACAUGCAUCGUCAUUGGCUUCGGCUGGACUGAAAAGAGACUCCAAGUUAAAGUCUUUAGAAAUAGCCAUAGAGCAAAAGAAGGAGGAGUGUAGUAAGCUAGAAGCACAACUGAAAAAGGCUCAUGAAGCUGAGGAGGAGGCACGAAUGAACCCUGAAUUUGCUGACAGGAUGAAACAGCUUGACAAAGAGGCAGCCUACUAUAGAGACGAAUGCGGCAAAGCUCAAGCUGAGGUUGACAGACUUCUAGAAAUCCUCAAGGAAGUAGAGAAUGAGAAAAAUGACAAAGAUAAGAAAAUUGCUGAAUUAGAAAGCUUGACUUCCAGACAUAUGAAGGACCAAAACAAGAAGGUGGCAAACCUGAAGCACAAUCAACAAAUGGAAAAGAAGAAGAAUGCCCAGUUGCUGGAAGAAGUUCGUAGACGUGAAGAUAAUAUAACAGACAACUCUCAGCAUUUGCAGUUAGAAGAACUAAGAAAUGCCCUGGAUAAGACCAGACAAGAACUGGAUGCUACCAAAGCACGGCUUGCCUCAACACAACAGUCUCUGGGUGAGAAAGAAGCACAUCUAGCCAAUUUAAGAAUAGAACGGAGAAAACAGUUAGAAGAGAUACUGGAAAUGAAACAGGAAGCACUCCUUGCUGCCAUCAGCGAAAAAGAUGCAAAUAUUGCCUUGCUUGAACUGUCUGCUUCAAAGAAAAAGAAAACUCAAGAAGAAGUGAUGGCUUUGAAAAGAGAAAAAGACAGAUUAGUCCAUCAGUUAAAACAACAGACGCAGAACAGGAUGAAGCUGAUGGCAGACAACUAUGACGAUGACCAUCACCACUACCACCACCACCACCACCACCAUCAUCACAGAUCUCCUGGGAGAACACAGCACUCCAACCACAGACCCUCUCCAGAACAGCAUUUCUGA